UGAUGCUAUAAGCGAAGAGCAAGCAGCCUGCAGGAAUGGUUGUUGUGGAGUUUGUUUAGCCCAUCGGCGUAGCAGACAUUCACGUAUUUACUGCCUGGGCGGUGAGGGUAUGGUGAAAGCAGAGAAGCCAGCUGGCCCUGACGACGAUGACCUCACUUCCCUCACGUGGCUGCAAGACAAGAACCUCCUCAAGGGAAUGAACCUGCGUACGGCGAGCAAUGCCGGGGCGCAGGGCUCCCCGACGAGCGACUACGUGGACGAGGGCAGCUGCUGCUCGACCGGAGAGCCCCCUGCCAGCGACUCGAGCGGCUGCUCCUCCAGUGGGCGCUCGCCUGCCAGUCCCGGCUCCGCCAUUGCUGUAGCUGCCACCGCCACUGCCACGGGCACCACCCCCGGCACCACGCCCGUAACUGGUGCAGCCGCUGUCGCUGUGAUGGCUGCCCGCGGCAAGCAUCCACAGCAUGUCCCCUAUGACCCUCUGGUUCACGUUAAUUCCAAACCCCCUUAUUCCUUUUCCUGCCUCAUCUUCAUGGCGAUCGAGGACUCUCCGGGCCACGCGCUACCGGUGAAGGAGAUCUAUGCUUGGAUACUGGAUCACUUCCCGUACUUCAAGAAUGCACCCACUGGAUGGAAGAAUAGUGUGCGGCACAAUCUCUCUCUCAACAAGUGCUUCCGGAAGGUCGAGAAGGCCCCACAGAAUUUGGGUAAAGGUUCCCUGUGGAUGGUUGACCCGAUGUACCGACCGAACCUCGUGCAGGCACUUGCGAAGUCGCCCUUCCAUCCGUACAGCACCAUUGUCAGCAGAACUGCUUCUGUGAAUAGCAGUCCGGGCUCCGGUUCGCUGCCGAGCACCCCCGCGAAGGCACCGCCGUCCCCCGGCAGCGCGGCUCGUCAGCAGUCUCCACCGGCCACUGCCGCAAGUAGCGGUGGGAAUGGCAAUGGCGGCGGCAGCAGUGGCGGCAGCAGCAACAGCAGCAGUGUCAGCACUGGCAGCGCCAACAGCAACAACAACAGCACCGGCACCAACAGCAACAGCAGCACCACCAGCAAUACCAGCACCAGCGUCAGCCCGGCCAGUGCCAACAACAACAACAACAACAACAACAAUAAUAAUAACAGCAGCAACAACAACAAUAACAACAACAACGUUCCCGACCCGACGCUUUUCCCGUUUCUCAGUCGUCGACUCGCACUGAGCACCACCCCACAGUCGGGAUCCCCUCCGCCGUCGCAACCCUCCGCCCAAGUGAGCCGCGACGACAGCCUCGACGAUGUGGAUGCUGCGGCGGCGAUGCUAGCUCUGAAGCACGCGCACCUCCGUAUACCGCGCAGAGAUGACUGGUACAAAAGGCUGCGUGAAGAAACCUCUGAAGCUGUAGGACUUCGCAAGAAAAUGAGAGUAUCGUCUAGACCUGGCCAGACGGAAGAGCGAAUGGUGAUCACGACGUCGCCGAGUGAGGACCACACGUACAGUGCCGCCCUCAACCUCUCGGCCCGCUCCUCUGGAAUUGUCGCCGUGUCGACUACGCCUGCAGGCCCUCACGGGCCCCACGCCCCGCCUUCCACGACUUCCUCGCCGGACGAGGCUUUCGAGGAAGGUUCUGACUCGGAUGACGGAACUGACGGAAAAAACACUCGACUGGGUCGCGGAGCGACUGUCGACACCGUACCGUCGGUGACGUCUGCGCACCACAUCCUCUACAACCACCAGGAUCGAGGGGACACCUCGGACGAGGAGCGGCGCAAGAUCGCGGAAGGUGCUGAUGCCCUCCUCAACUUGGCCGGAAUUCGCACUGAUGGAGGAGCGCUCUCCCCUCCCACCUCACUCGUGGCACCGAGUCCUGCUCCACUGCCACUGCAGAACCCAGCUCCGGCACCACAGACGACUCAGCCUCCGCCUUCUUCAGUGUAUUCUGGCCCGAGGAGCAGGCGCCGCAAGAAACCGCCUCCGCCAUCAUCACGGGCCAUUGCGACCCAGAAGUACCAGCACCACCGUUCCUCGUCGGGACACGGGAGUGGUUCGCACGGAGAGAAGAGGGGUAGUGGCUCAUCCACCACUUCGCGGAGGUAGGGCCACUCGCACCGUGGCUAUAGUGCGGUAGUGGCCACUCAGAGUGGCAUGUCGGCUCCCUGGGCGUUUUGAGAAAGUUCGCGUAUAGCGAGUUGGAACCACCUGGGUCGUACACGGACCGAGGGAGAAAAAUGUGAGUCCACUUUUUUCGUGGUUGUGUGGGGGCUUGACCGGUCUUUCUAAUUUUGUUUUAAUACAUGCCUUCUCGUAAUCCGCCGUCUCUUCUUUCUCAGAAAAAUACUGCUUAUUGGCUUGUGUUACGCUGCAUACAACUUUAGCAGAAUAAAGCAAUUCGUAACACCUUGACUUAAUGGGAUUUGCUCAUUCAGUUAACUCUUAACCAAAGAAUUUCGUUGCCCUGUUUAAAAUUUGGCUUUCUUUAAGUCAUCGAAGGUCUUCCUUACCUCUGUUCUUGUGUAAUGCAUUUAUCUCAUGCAUUCAAAACAGUAAUGAGAUUCCCAUUCAAUUAAUAUAUGAGGAAUAUAAUGGCUUUCAGUUAGUGGAUUGAUACAAGGUUUCCUAGUGUCACAAAACAAAACAAUUUUGUCUCAAUUAUUUUCAGAACAUACUUCCAAUUGGUUUAAUAAUUUUCUUGUACACAUGCAUGUGCAGUUAGAUGCCAGUUACAUAUAUGCAUUUUACUUUUUUAUGUUGCUAGGAAAGCUUCUGUUGCCUUUUUGGUUAGCUCCAGAAUUUUUUUUUAAGGUAAACUUUAGGAAUACUGUCAAUAAUCUUCCAAGGAAAAUGAUGUUAAUAAAGUUCUGAGUCCUGUUUUGCCAGCAAUUACAAAAUUGUGGAAUUAUCUCUGUUGUAUUUUCCUUCUGUAGCUUAUGUUAUUAACACGUUCCUGUAGCAUUACAAAAUUGUAAUCCUGGAAAAUUUAUCUGUGUGGAAAUUUUGAAAAAGAUCAGAGUUCUACUGAAUUACAGUCAGAGUAAUGUUUGUAUGGGAAAGAAAGAGUAAACACAUUUCGUGAAUGAUGACAAAUGCUCCAUCAGUUAAUGAAAUAUAGGAUCUUGUACUCCUAUUGUAAUUGUAUUUUAGUGAAUUGUUUGCCAAAAAACAUUGCUUUUUGUCUUGCAUUGCAUGGCAGUUAUCCAUUUGUGCUUGGAAAAUUUUGUGAAGAGGGAUGAAGGCUGUUGGACAGAAUUUGAGACAGUCUACAAAUGCCCCAUGCUUUUUGACGUAUAAUUUGUUAGUCUGUGAACUUUCUCAAAAAGCUCUUGAGUUCCCUCUCCUCUCCCCUAAACUGUGAAUGCUUUGGGGCAUUGUUUGGAAAAGAUAAGAACUAAAUCUUGAAUCCAACACUAAAGCUGUACACCAUAGUGAUCUGUACAGUGCACGUAAACUUCUAGGAUAAACAGUGUUUAACUAAAGUGGGACCACAAAAAAUUGAACCCAGCAUGUGAUAAAAUUGUAAAACUACAAAUUCAUUCACGCUUGUUUAUUUAAAAAAAGUUGAUGGCAGUGUUGUUACUCUAAAGCAGUGUACUUUAUGUAAUACCACUUUAUGGAAGACCUGUUGAAUCCUUUUAGCAAUAAUGAAUUAAUUGCAUGAAGCCUUUUCCAAACUUAUUUCUUUUGUUAAAAUGACAAGGAAAAUGAAAUAAUCUGUAAUAAUAAUUUUUUUAGUACAUGUCUGAAUUUUAACAUUGUACAUUUUUUAAAAUUUUAAUGAACGUAAUUUUUUUGUGUUGCUCCUCACAACUGUACAUUCUGUUGUUUUCCCAUCCACGCAAAUAUGUCGCGGUGGCACUGUUGGCAGUUGAUGUUCUCAACUGUGUUAAGAUGAGCAAAGUUCUUCUGGUAUUUUCUCAAGCCAUUAUGUUCCAGCAAUGUGGAUGUUAUUUAUUCUUUCCAGCACACUGUAUGGGAAUUUUACAGUUGUUUUACACAACUGAAAAUGUGACAAAAAUCAGACUUUUCGU